UCACGGCGCAGGAUAUUCACCUCUUUGCGACCUCAUCAAGUUUAUCUUUCGAUAAAAAAAACCCCCCCCAUAUUCAUUACAAUGGCUCCCGUUGCUCGUGGCAAGAAGGCCCAGAAGGUCACCAAGAAGUUCAUCAUCAAUGCUUCUCAGCCGGCCAACGACAAGAUCUUCGAUGUCUCCGCCUUCGAGAAGUUCCUUCACGACCGCAUCAAGGUCGAGGGCCGUGUCGGUAACCUCGGCGACAGCGUUGCGAUCAGCCAGACCUCCGAUGGCAAGAUCGAGGUUGUUGCCCACAUCCCCUUCUCCGGUCGCUACCUGAAGUACCUCACCAAGAAGUACCUCAAGAAGCAGCAGCUCCGUGACUGGCUCCGUGUCGUUUCCACCUCCAAGGGUGUCUAUGAGCUCCGCUUCUACAACGUCGUCGACGACGCUGCCGAGGAGGAUGAGGAGUAAACAGCUCCUUCUUGCCGACGGAUAUAAAUGAGCCGGGCUGUCCUGGUUCCAUUUAAAAAAAAAACGGGGGGGUUGGUGAAAAUGGCGAGAUCCUGGCUUCGGUUGACUACGGCCUUAUUCAAGGGAUAGAGUCACUCUCGUUCAGAGUGGCGAGGUUGAUUGGUUUUUGGGAGGAUAAUGCUGCCUGAAAUGGCACUGGGUCUUUCCAUAGAGCUGUCGAUCUACCCUAGUCGACCAUUUCAACGAUCCAGCUUAAAAAAGAAUAAAAGCUUCAAUUGAUGAAUAUAU